AUGUGCUCUCAGAUCUUUACCAUCCCGCCUGAAGGUGUUUGUAACAAUCCUUUCCACAGGCGCCCCUUCACCCAGACGUUGCUUGAGGACUUUCACCUCUGGCAAGAUUUGCACCCUCACCACGAGUCUGACCCUCUUGCCGGUAGAAGAAUCUGCGAAAUGAAGGAAUGGCCUGAGGGAGGACUCAUGAGUGGCAUCUUUGAUGUGCAGUGCUCCCACCACAACAGCCCGCCACACUUUGACGCUACGCUGCAACUCACGUACGCUUCACUGGCUCCAGAUUUGCAGACAACCCUGUCAGUGACAGCUUGCACCCUCUCAGAUCUGUUCUCCGACCUCUAUAUUACGUUGCGCAGCAACUCGUGGACGCAUCUUCGCCUUUGCUUCGGCCAGUACCACCCUCAGGACUUCCCUCUACAGAUACACAGUCUCUCGAACAAGAUAGUCAAACACUCGUUCAACGUCCUGCUGUCCGUGCGGUUUUGCACUCUCCCAAAACACCAGUCUUCGCUUCAUUCAACGCUCCGCCGCAACUCGCGUCACUCUAUCAAGUUGACUUCCGCUCGCAUCUUCAUCAACGAUCUGCUCUUCCCAGACCUGUCCCCUCACUGCAAAACAACCUUGGUUCCAUAUAACGUUGUGCUGCAACUCACGGCGUUCACUAUUAUCAGCACGAUUCGAAGGGCUCAGUUUCUGAUGUCUGAAGUUAUGGGCUUGCGUACGCAGAUUAUGGAGAACAUCCUGGCUAUCCAGCCUCAAUUGCUCGAACCCAGAUGGCUCUUGUACUGCGAGAUGAAGGUCACCGAUGAGUUCAAUGAAGGUGACUCGGGCGAGAUCAUCAACCCCGAUGAUCAGAUCUACACAAAGUCACAUGCCAGUGAAGACAGCAAACACGGUCACGAGCUGUACACCGUCGUUCUGGCUUUAAAUGAGCGCUUUGGCCAGACCACCUCCAUCCGCAUCCACAAGGCCUCUGGAACCACCCCAGAGAAGGCCUACAGAGAGUUGCUCAUAAACUGCUAUGGCACUGACCGACAGCGGCCAUGUUGCCAUGUAACGAUGCGAGGACCGGGUCGAUAA